AUCUAAGCGAUUCAGAUGAUCAAGAUCAGGGUCUGACAAUGAAUCGGGAAGAAGCCGAUACGCAAAGCGCAGAGAGUGAAAUGGAGGGGGAAGAGUAUGAGCAAGGGGAGGGAGGUGAGGAGGAGCAAAGCGAAGGCAUUUUAGGCGCUGAACAGCCUGUCGUUGGUAUGCCGUGCACGGAGGUGACCGGUGUGCUGGCGAAGUGGACGCGGAGUGCGCCGUGCACGGAGGUGUCUGGUGCGCUGGCCGUGGGCGAAGUAACUGAAACCAGUAAAAGCACGGCCGAGGAGGAGGGGGGAGAAGUCGCUGCUCCUCUUUUCCCCGUGAUGGAAGGGAAUUCGCAAUUUCUGUCAUCAAAUCACCUGCCAUCCUUUCAAACCCCGGUGUCAUCCUGUCUCAUCCGGGACAACGCCUGGAGUGACCACUCCUUCCUGCAGGUUGAGAUGGGAAGAGGCAUCAGAAAUUGGGGUCUCUGGUGUCUGAAUGCUGCUCUUCUUCGGGAUGAGGCUUACAGAGGUGAGAUCAAUGUCCUGCUGCAGACUCUGAGUGGGGAGAUGGAUCACGCUGACAACCUGUUAGAGUGGUGGGAUCAGGCCAAACAAAGAGUCAAAAACCUUUCCAUAAAAUAUAGCAGACAGAAAAAAUGGAGAGAACUCCAUAAUGAAUGCAUUUUAAGAAGAAAGUUAAAUAGUGAAUUAGAUCAUUUAGAAAAUGACCAAAGCAGAGAUAUAACAGAUUAUUUGAUAAUAAAAAAACAACUAGAGCAAAUAGAAAUAAAUAAAUGCAAAGGAGCCAUUAUUCGCAGCAAAGCAAAAUAUUUAACAGAAGGAGAAAAAUCUACAGCUUUCUUUCUAGCUCAGGAGAAAUGCAAACAAACUAACGCAGCAAUAAAUGAACUACUAAAUGAGAAAGGAGAGAAGGUGUCAGACAUAGCAAGCAUUUUAGAAAUAGUUCAGAAUUUUUAUUCACAACUUUUUACAAGCGAAAACAUUUCAACUAAUAAAAUAAAUCAGGUUGUCGGUGUGAUCGAUUCCUCACUCUCUCAGGAAGACAGUCUCUGUUGUGAUGCUCCAUUGACAGAGGAAGAAAUUCAACACGCUAUCAACUCAUUGAAUAAUAAUAAAAGUCCUGGACAUGAUGGCAUUACUUCUGAAUUUUAUAAACAGUUCAAAGAUCCAAUAAGUAAAAUAUUAUUGCGGGUUUUUUCUGUCAUGGAGCAAACAGGGUGCACGCCCAGGACCUUUGCUCAAGGAAUCAUAACCAUUCUUUACAAAAACAAAGGAGAAAGGAAUAACUUAGAAAACUACAGACCCAUUAGUUCAGUGGUGUCAUCCUGUCUCAUCCGGGACAACGCCUGGAGUGACCACUCCUUCCUGCAGGUUGAGAUGGGAAGAGGCAUCAGAAAUGGGGGUCUCUGGUGUUUGAAUGCUGCUCUUCUUCGGGAUGAGGCUUACAGAGGUGAGAUCAAUGUCCUGCUGCAGACUCUGAGUGGGGAGAUGGAUCACGCUGACAACCUGUUAGAGUGUGAAUCUGAUGAUCAAGACCAGGGUCUGCCAGCGGGCUUCAAGGAAGCCGAUGCGCAGAGCGGAGAGGAAAGCGAGAUGGAGGGUGGAGUGGAAGAGAAUGUGCAGGUGGAGGGAGGCGAGGAAGAGCUGAGUGAGUGCAUGCCAAGUGCUGAGUGGUCUGUGGUCAGAGCGUCGGACGCAGAGGUGUCCGGUGCACUGGCUAUGGGCGAAGCAUCCAAAAACGGCAAAAACACAGUCGAAGAGGAGCGGGGAGAAGUCGCUGCGCCUCUUCCCCCUGUAGCCGAAGAAAACUCGCAGCUUCUAUCGCCGGCUCAUUUGCCGUCUUUCCAAACCCCGCUAAGCGCUUAG